AUGUCUAUCGAAGCUGAGGGCUCGGCUCCUACGCCGCCAGCCCCCGAGAAGCAGGAACCCAAGACGGAAAAGACGGACCAGAGCAAACCCCAGCAGCCUCCCAAGGAUGGCCAACAUCAGCAAGCGGCCCCCGCAGGCGAGAAGAAGCUCUCUGGAGCCGAAUUGAAGAAGAGGGCCAAAGAGGAGAAGGCCGCUAGACGCGCACAAGCCAAGGUUGCCCAAGUUCCACAGGGCCCAACGCAAGGUGACAAGCAGGCCGGUGGUGAUGGCAAGGGAGGCAAGGCAAAGCCAAAGCAAGACGGACAAAAUCAGCAGCAUGGCGGCGCAAAACUUCCCAUUCGACCGGCAGGUACGACUGUCGUCAAGGAUGACAAGCCUUCGAUACCAGACUGCUUCAGCCAUCUGUCUAUGGCCAGGCGCAUAGACAUGACCCACGCGGACAAAGAUGUUCAUCCUGCUGUAUUGGUUCUCGGAGAGCACAUGAGCGCAUUUGCGAUCAGUGAUAGCAUCACUCGACUCGAAGCAACCCUAUAUGCUUUCAAGAAGGUCAUCGACUCAUACACAACACCUCCUGGCUCCAGUUUCUCCCGCCAUUUCACAUCUCACGUUCUCAACCCUCAGAUCGAGUAUCUCACUGCAUGCCGGCCCAUGUGCUUUUCAAUGGGUAAUGCAAUCCGAUGGCUUAAGCUUCAGAUCAGCAAGAUUGACCUCGAUCUUCCCGACUCUGACGCCAAGAAGCUCAUAUCCGAGUCUAUCGACAAUUACAUCCGUGAACGCAUCACUCUCGCGGACUACGUGAUCGUCGAGACUGCCGCCAACAUGAUUGAUGAAGACGAUGUAGUACUCACCUACGCUCAACACCACCUCGUUGAGCGCACCCUUCUUCAGGCUCGCCAGCUUCAAAAGAAGAACUUUCGUGUCAUCCUUGUCGACGAUCCUUAUGAGCGUGUCGGCAUCGAUCUCGCAAAGAAGCUCUCUGCUGCCGGCAUUCACGUCACCUACUCUUCUGACCUCAGCGCUCUACGAACCCACCUCUCUGAGGCUACCCAGGUUCUCCUUGCCGCCGAAGCUAUCUUUAGCAACGGUGCCAUGUACGCCCGUGCAGGCUCAUGCGACAUUGCUACAGUCGCUACUGACCUUGGUGUCCGCGUCGUCGCUCUUUGCGAAACCAUCAACUUCACCGAGCGUUUGUCCAUCGACUCGCUCACUUACAACGAGAUUGACCCUGAGCAAUCCACCGACGUUGGGUUCCGCUUGCUCUUCGAUACUACCCGGGACAAGUACAUUACGGUUGUUGUGACGGAGUUGGGCAAUUCUUCCGCCACUUCUGUGCCGGCUAUCCUAAGAAAACUAGAGGAGCUGUAG